AUGUCGUACAGCUCAAGAAAGUACCAGAUGCUUCAACGUCUGGGCGUCGAACAACUCCGUCCUCUUCGCGAACCAACUUCAUCUGCCGAUGGCAUCGAGGAGGAGAGACUGUGCCAUCUCUUCGACACAAACAUUCCCAUCAGACAAACACCGUCAGGUACCAGGACGUCGCUGUCCCAACUGCGCCUCGAGAGGAGCCACCGUCUGGGUCAUUCCAGGGAAGAGAUGUCCGCACUGCGGCACCGAAGUCAACUAGCGGACCAUGGACUCAACACCGAUGCAUCACCGACAAGGGAGAAAACGAGCAACCUGUCAAGAGCCUUGUCACUUCUUCCAGAAGUACGAGAGCGGGCGGUCUGGGAGGAGAGACUGGGGAGGUUCUGGAUUCGGGAGUUCUGGCGUGUCAUUUCUGUUGGCAAGACGAGCUCAUGGGCUCUGGGCGGCACGGGGAGCAGCUGGGAACGAAGUAUGGAUGACACGACAUGGCGUUCAGACUUGCGGAUGAGGACGGCUGCAUACAUUGUCGAGCUUGAGCGAAGUGUAAUUGCGGGAAAGAUGCAUCGAGCACAUCAUGACAUCAGCGUGAUCGCUACACAACCAUCCAGCAUGAGUUCUCGAUUCCAGCUUCGCAUUCACCAAGCAUUACUUCGAUCCUCGGCGUUACGACCGACGCACAUUCGGUCGACACCACAGCAGCUCACACCACACCUCAGAGGUCUCGCCACCAGCUCUACCACCAUGGCGAGCGCCCAGAGUUCCACAGGCGGUGUCAUCUCCGAAACAGCACGAGCGGAAGGAGGCCCGUCCAAGGGUUCCACAGCAGCUGAAAUGCAGAGGCAAGCAACCAGGACGCAGAAUUUCGAGCAAGCCGUCCAAGAGGUUGGAGCAAAGAUGCAGAACGAUCCCGCUUCGGUUUCGUCUGAGGAUGCUGCAUACCUCAAAUCCCGCGAAGCACGUGUGAUCGGUCAGGGCCAGCCGCCCGCCGACUCUAUCAGUGCCGAAGCUCAACGCCUGGCAUCCGCCAACGAGGGAGCGACCAAAUCCAGUGCGCAGCCAAGUGAUCCAACAGAGCAGUCCGCAAACGAUCGCGUCAGCAAUUUCGAAGCUGUCGCCGAUGAUGUAGCGAGAAAGAUGGCUAGCAAUCCAGCAAGUGUUACCAAGGACGAAGCGGACUUGUUGCACUCGCGUGAGCAGCGAGCAUUCGGCAAUACGUCAAAGGGCGGGAUCGCUAGUCAAGCCCAGAGCAUCGCGGCCGAGAACGAGAAGAAAGGUGCCAUCUAG